UCCCACUGGCAAGAAAGAAAAAACAAACGAAAAACAAAAAAUAUUUUAAAAAUAAAAAUUCAUUUGCUCUAUUUGUUCUCUCUAGAACCUCCCAGAAAUCUCAUCUUUUGAAUUGAGGGUAAAAAAAAGGGCUGGUUAGGUUAAUUGGUGAAUCACUUUGUACUGCAGAUUUCGGAUCUUGCUUUUGUUGGUGAAGUUGUGCGUUUAUCUGAAUAAAAAUAUGUUUAUUUUUUUUAGGAGUAUUUGAUUUUCUGGAGAAAUUUGUCAGUUUCAGAAAGCUUAUCCAGACAAUAACAUCAUUCCAAAAAGGUGACAACCGAUCAAAAUAUGAGAUUUGUGCUUAGUGGUGGUGGAUAAGGAUCUUGGAGGAAUGUCUGACAUUAUGUAUGAGCUUGAAGAUAAUGUGUGGCCUGAAUUCAGUGCUAGUGCUACCGAUGAUCAUAUAGUUCCUCAUGCUGUUGAUGAAUAUGGAGUUCAAUUCAAAGUUCAAGGGGAUGGUCAAACAAAACAACGUCAUGAAGUGACUGGAGUUGCUAGUAAUGCAGAUAAUACAAUUAAAUAUGGUAUUUUUGGGGAGAAGGAAAAAGGUUUUCAUACUUUGAACAACAGAAUGUUAGAAAAGGGUCCAUGGUCCGAGAAACCUGAUGGCAUAUUUCCCACUUCAGGUGAUAAUGACUCACUCAAAGAAGUAACAUGCAUGAUUUCUGAUGAUCCAAUGAUGUCCAGCCAUGAUCUCAAAACUGGCGAUAUGGAUUCAGUUAACAGUGAUUUCUGUUCUGAUGAUCCAGUCUUGGUUGACAACUGUGUUACAGAGGACAAUAACAUCUACCGUUUUCCACUAAAUCAAAUAUCUGAAGCUAAUGCGGAUCUCAGAUUAUUUAAUAAAAAUCAUGAAGACAAAGAAAACAGCGAACUUCUAUGUUAUGGUUGGGGAGACAUUGGAAAUUUUGAGGAUGUUGAUAGGAUGUUCAGAAAUUGUGAUUCAACAUUCGGGUUGGGGAGUCUCAGUAAUGAAGAUGAUUUACGUUGGGUUUCAUCUUCACAAGCAACUGAAGGAUCACUAGAUGUGUUGAAGACUGAUGCUAAAUUGAAUAGUUUACCAGAGAAUUGUGCAACUUCUAGUGCAGAUGCAGGUCCUUCAACUAUUGAUUCCAACAUUAAAAUUAUCCUUCUAAGUGAUAAAAUAAGUUCCCUUGGCAUGAGCAGUAGGAAUUCUGGCCUUACUCACAUGUCAUCUUGGAAUGUAUCCAAUAACGGAUCUGGAAGUAAGGAUGACUUGACACCUAAUGAGCAGAUCAGUCCACAAAAUAAGCAGUCAAAGCAACUAAGUGCAUCAGGAGAAAGAAUAGAUCAUCAUCUCAAAAGUGGUGGCUUGUACAACCAAAGUGGUAACACCAAGCAGUUUGUAGACGUGAAGCAUCCCUCUAGUGAUGCAUCCUGUCAACUCUUUUCCCCACUGGAUCUUCAGUGGCACAAGCAAAACAGCGGACCUGACUCUGUAAGUUGUGUACAGACAAAUGGUCCCUUUAUGCAUCUCAACUGCUGCCGUCCUUCGAACCAACUUUCAAGAUGUCCAACUCUAACUAGUAGCAAAUCUGAAAAAAGGGGGCAUCCUUCUUCAACAAACGGAUCAUCUUAUGCAUCAAAUCAGGCACAGUCCAUAGAUCAUGGUCAUGCAUUUGAGGUUCCUGACAUUAUAAUGAAUGAGAAAAUAGGAAAGCUGUACUGCCAACAGGAUACACUAGCCCCAGUCAAUAGGAUUGUCGACCGAGUGAGAGUGGAAAGACAGAUUGCAGUUUCUGAUCCACUCAUUGCUCAAAAGCAGGUCCAUCAGUCUGAAUGGGAUGUAGGGCAUAGUGUAGGAAAGCAAGCAGAAUUAGGUUCUUCAAACGGGCAGGAAAGUUCUUGUGUAAGUUUGAUGUCAGAUGAAGUCUCACUAGAAGCAACUAGUUUUCGGCAGCUUCAGCAAGUUAUGGAAAAGUUGGAUAUCAGGACAAAACUGUGCAUACGGGAUAGUCUGUAUCGUUUGGCUAGGAGUGCUGAACAAAGGCAUAAAUGCACAAACACGGAAAGUGGCAGUAGAGAUGAUAAAGAUGCUAGUGGAUCAUUGGAUGCCAAAGAAUCAAGCAAGUGCACUAGAUUUAUGGAUAUAGAAACCGACACAAACCCUAUAGAUAGAUCCAUAGCACACUUACUAUUUCACCGGCCUUCAGAUCCAUCUCUAAGACCUGCUACCGAUACGGCAUCUUUGAAGUCUCAAGGCACGAAUCACGGCUCCACCACUGCACCACCCGUGAUGGCCGAAAAACACAUUGGCCAUGACGAGAAUGGUGCUUGUUCAGAUGAAAAACUGCUGAUUGAAAACAGGUAGCAUUGGAAUUGAAUAGAACACUUGUAAAAUGUCAUCUUUAUUUAUGAUGAUUGUGGGUGCGACCUCAAAACAUAAAAGAUGAUGCGAGGUUGAUUCUUUUUCGUCAGUAACACUUCAAAAAUUCUGUUUGUUUUUUUUCUUCUUCAAA